AUGACGGAAAAACAAGUCAAAACCCCGGAAUUCCUAAAGGAUAUCGCUACAAAACUGAACCAACAACUGACAUCACGAGAAGUGGCUAAACAAUUAGAUCAAGACGAUGAGCUAGCCUACUUGAGACACAAUUUUCAUCUGCCUAAAAUGGGAACCUUGCCCGAGGUUGAUAGGAGUUUGGUGGAUGAUGAAGAAGACUCUAUUUAUUUGUGUGGUAACUCUUUGGGACUAUUGCCUAAGGCUACUAGGAGUUAUGUUGACAAACAGUUGGACAAGUGGGCUGAGAUGUAAGGUGAAAAUCGCGUUUUUAUAUCUAACUUCCUUUACUUAUUCUACCCUACCCUACCCUACCCUACCCUACCCUACCCUACCCUACCCUACCCUACCCUACCCUACCCUACCCUACCCUACCCUACCCUACCCUACCCUACCCUACCCUACCCUACCCUAUCCUACCCUACCCUACCCUACUCUACCCUACCCUACCCUACUCUACUCUAAUCUAUUUUACCUUACUCUUCCCUACCCUACACUACCCUACACUACCCUACUAUACCGUCCUUAGAGAACCCCACUUUGCCCUUCAGUAUUCCUACUGUCUCUAGCUUGACCUAAUCGUACUCUACCUUUCUCUAACAUACCUUACUUUACCAUAACUUAUAGAACCCUGCUUUGCCCUAAAGUAUUCUUACUAUCCUAAUUCUAUACAUUGUCGUAUUUUACCUUAAUUUACAUUGUCGUAUCCUAUCCUAACAUAAUCUAUCUCUCUUCUCCCCUUCCUGUUCCUUUCUCCAGUUUAAUCUAAUAAUAUACAUCUUAUUUCAGGGGUGUAUUCGGUCACCAUACAGGCGAACUCCCAUGGAUCGACUGUGAUGAAGCCGUGCUCGACGGCCUACAAAAGCUAGUAGGAGCAGAGGAAGAUGAGGUAGCAGCCAUGAAUGGUCUCACAGUAAAUCUACAUGUUUUAUUGACAGCUUUCUACACUCCAACUGAUAAGAAGUUUAAAAUCCUACUAGAAUCUCAGGCUUUUCCUUCUGAUCACUAUGCCAUCGAGAGUCAGAUAAGGUUGAAAGGAUAUGAUCCGAAAACUGCUAUGGUGUGUAUGAGUCCUAGAGAGGUAAGGGGUAAAAUACGGUUAAAGAAAUUGAUAUGUCAAAAAUCCUAUUCAGAUUUUAAAAUUCAUAUUUCCCGCCAAAAGCCAACUUCAAUUUUCAGGGAGAAGACUGCGUACGAACCCAAGAUAUCAUAGACUACAUCAAAGCAGAAGGCGACUCAAUAGCUCUUAUCCUAUUCAGUGGAGUCCAAUAUUACACUGGCCAACUCUUCGAUAUUCAAAUCAUCACAGCGGCCGGCAAAGCCCAAAACUGCAUCGUUGGAUGGGAUUUGGCCCAUGCUUUUGCCAAUGUGCCGCUGGAGCUCCACAAAUGGAGCGUUGACUUUGCUUGUUGGUGUUCUUACAAAUAUGGUUGUGCUUCGGCUGGUGGUUUAGCUGGAUUGUUCGUUCAUAAUCAACAUAAAGAUGACCAGAGGAACCGAAUGUUAGGUUGGUGGUCGCAUGAGAGGAAAUCGCGGUUUUUAAUGACUAAUGAGUUGGAAUUGGCAUCUGGAGCGGCUGGCUACAGGAUAAGCAAUCCUCCCAUCUUGUUGGUUUGUGCUGUCAUGGGAUUUUUGAAGGUAACUUUAUUUUUUAAAUUUUUUUAUUCCUUUUUUUAAAUUGAAGAGGUUUAAAACUUGAUUAGCAAUGCUUAGAAUCUCUGAACAAAAAAACAUGGCAAACUAAAAAAAUAUAAAAAAAAUUUUUUAAAAAAAUUGACAAGGAAAGUAUCCGAUCUGCCCCUUUCUGAUUGACUUCAAAUCUUUACAUAGCAAAAUCAUGUUAAUGUAAGGUAUUCAGGAAAGUCUUUUUAGGAAAUCUCGAGAAAAUCUAGAUUAAAAUUACGUUUUGAAUUUCCCGCCAAAUUGACAUAGUGUUUCAAGCUUAAAACUUUGUCAUUUUUUGACUUUUACCUAUUUUUCUUUGAAAUACUAGAAGAAUAACUUUAAAUAAACCUACAUUUUUAAAUUUGUAAGUGUAUCUUAGCUGGAUAGUCGAAAAAAGUGCUUGAAACACAAUGCCAAAUUGGCGGAAAACCAAAAUAAUUCAAGGUUAAAACUCAAAAGCGCGUGCUAAAUUUUUAAUGAGUAUUAUUAGUAGUACAAGAAAUUCAUAUAAAAAUUUUGUGCUGAUUCUGAGCUAGGCAGGUAGGGAGGGUACUUUACGUGAGCUUGGUCCCCCCUGUUUUUUUUUCAUUUUUUGAAAUCUACACCCUGCCAAACCAACAUCACUUUCCCAACAAAAAAACAAACAAAAUUAGUCAAAAUCCAUCAAAACUUGUCCACACUACCUUACGUAUUAUUAUGUCUCUUUCAGGCCAUUGAAACCACAAACAUUCAACAACUGAGAGCCAAAUCCCUCAAACUUACUGCUUAUUUGGAAUACCUCGUUGACAGUCAUUUUUCAACCCAAACUGAUCAAAACUCGAAACAACACAUCAAGAUUUCACUCAUAACGCCACGAGACCCCUCUCAACGUGGAUGUCAGCUUUCACUUCAAUUCAAUUGUGACAUAUCGCUAAUUUACAGAGAGUUAACGAAACGAGGAUGUGCUGUGGACAAACGGUAUCCCAAUGUGAUACGAGUCGCACCGGUACACAUGUAUAAUUCGUUUGAGGAUUGUUGGAGGUUUGUCCAGGUCUUACAGGACUCAAUUCAAAGUUUGAAUCAACAAAAGUUAAUUAAAUAUUAA